AUGAUCUGGGUAGAGUUGGUUUUGGUAAUCAUUGCUUUCAUUCAGACUGGGAUGGGACUCCUGGGGAACUCAGUGCUGUUUAUAGUUUACCUCAGAACCUUCCUUUCCCAGCCCCAUCGCAAGAAACUGAUAGACCUGAUCCUCACACACCUGACCGUGGCCAACACAGUGACACUGCUUACCCAAGGGGUCCCCACACUGAUAUUUGCCAUCGGGAUAGAGAACAAAUUAGAAGAUGUUGGGUGUCAUAUCAUAAGCUAUUUCAGAAGAGUGACACGAGGCCUGUCCAUCUGCACCACGUGUCUCCUGAGCAUGUUCCAGGCCAUCACCAUCAGUCCCAGCACCUCCCACUGGGCCCGGCUCAAACCCAAGGCUUCUGGUUACAUUGUCCCUUCCUUAGGUUUCUUCUGGAUCCUCCACCUCUUGAUGUACAUGAAUAUAUUAACCACAAGAGUUGUCACCAAAAAUGCUAAUGUCACAGUUAAUCAUUUUAAUAUAAAAUAUUGUUCUGAUAUAUUCUCAAAGAAAUUUUUGACCAAUGUAGCAUUUGUAGGUAUGAUAACUCUCAGGGAUGUUUUCUUUGUGUCCCUCAUGAGCUGGGCAAGUGGCUACAUGGUGAUCGUGCUCUACCGACACCAUAAACAAGUGCAGCACAUCCGCAGCACCAGCACCGUCUCCACAGCCUCUCCAGAGACCAGAGCCACCCACACCAUCCUGCUCCUGGUCACCUGCUUUGUUACCUUUUACUUCAUAAACUGCAUCAUUAGCCUGAUGUCAACACUGGUAGAAAAUAAAAACUUCAGUAUGACGGAUGCUAUGACCAUUCUUGGAGCCUGUUACCCGGCCCUCUGCCCCUGGGUGCUAAUAAAAAGUGAUCCCCGAGUUCUCUGGCCUCACGGUGUCCUUAGGAAGGUGGUAGGCACCUCUCCAAUCAUGGAUCCUGGUGGUGAGCAACAGACUUGCUCUUUGCCCUAUUCUUUGUCCAAGGAUCCACUCUGA